CAACAGCAACAGCGUCCUGGCAUGCGCCAUAAUAUGCGGCGAGGAUCUGCUCCGUACCAAUAUCAUUACCACCAACGCGAGGCGAUGGCGAUAAUCGAGAGCCGGCUCUCUCGUCCUGCAGUACCGCAACCUCCCUCAACGUCGAGCAGAUUCCUGUCAGUCGGGCCUUCGGACGGGGCACAUUCCCCAGCGAUGUCAUCUUCUUCUCGAUCUUCGCCAGGCCAUGAGCCCUCAUCCUCUCUCCACCAAGCCUUAGGGCAGUCUAAUCCACUUGCUUAUUCUCAGCGCAGAAUGAGUCAACCCCACUCUAGUAGUGAUAGUAGCAAGAGAAUCUAUAGUCAAGCGCCUCCAGCAAUCUUGGAGUUCUCUGACCCUUUAUACGAUCAUGGCCGCCGUAUCAGUGGGCCGGAAGAGUUUUCUCGAGAGCAGUGUGAAAAAUAUGAGAAGCUAAAUGUCGACGCAAUGAUCUCACAGCACCACAGCUCCACAAAUGCGAACUUUUUACCCUACUCACUUAACAUACCGUAUUGCCAGCAGCAAGAGCAGCAAGAGCGGCAUCAGCGCCAGGGCAGAGGAUUAUCAUAUGGACAAUCCUCACCGGCUUUAUCUGCUUUGCGAGCAGUACAAUCUGAUCCUAUGAUAAGUGAUUCAUACAACCAUGUUCGCCAACAGAGCUCAUCUCUUUCCUCGAUUUAUCAUCAAGUGCCAUCGCAGAAUGGCAUGAACCCACAAAGCUCUUGCCAUCCGACGGCAGAUGAAAUUGAAGACCGUAUCUAUGCUAGGAUGCGCCAAAGGAGCUUUAAACGUCCCAAUAUGGCCGGACCCCUUGGCCGGUCUGUCACUGAUACUAAC